AUUUUGAAUGUUGUUUUUUUUUAUUUACGGUUUGUCUCAAGUCGAUUUUAAUUUAUAAAAAAGUUCAUAAGAAAUGUUUAUUUAGAACAAAUAAAUAAUCCUUACAAUAAAUUUAAUAAAAUGAUCCACGAUAUUCUCCUCUGCCUCCUCAAUCCUUACUCCAAACGCUUGCCAAUUGAAGAAUUUGUUAUCUCCGAUGCUGUGUCCACAUUUUUACAUCCUGGUGAAAGAAAAAUCCUUCAAGAUAUAAUUCGUAUCAUCAAUUUACAUCGUGACAUUGCCAAGUUUACAAAAAUCUAUGGCUCCAGUCAUAAUCAGGGACUAAGUACAUCUUUAGUCGAUACAGAUGAGCCUCUACAAAAUGGAUUAUAUUUGAAGGCAUUCGCCAAUGGUAUUGAACUUGUUUUGGAAACAUAUUUAGAAGAAAUCACUGAACUGGAACGUCGCUACUUGCAAAAUCCUUCACAAUCCCUAUUGUUCAUCUUUCAAAAGAUAAAUGUCUUCCAACCAUUAUUUUUGUUUCUGCAAAAGUUAAUUCGUGGCAUUCGAGCUCAGAAACUACAUGGUUGCGCUAUAAUUCAAUAUUUGCAUCAGAAUAUUUUACAUGGCGAUCGAAAGAUCAAUGCUGCCAUCAAAAAAAUCCAAUCAACAGUGAAUGUUGUCUUUUUGAAACAACUAACUCACUGGAUCUUGUAUGCAAAGAUCGUCGAUACCUAUGGCGAGUUCUUUAUCCAAUGUUCAGAAUCUCGGAAUAACAGCACAAUGGGCAGCGAGCGAUGUACUUCGUCUGGCAGUGGAAAGCACACUGCAAGUACAUUAUCAGACGCUGCAAGUACUUAUGCCGAAAUCUGGCGAUAUGACAUUGCUUACGAAUUUUUGCCACAUUACUUGUCAUCUGCCUGGGCUGAAAAAGUUCUCUUUAUUGGACAAACAGUUUUGAUUUUUAAAGUUGACAAAAAUCGACUAAAUAAAAAUGCUGAAAUGUGGAAUAUAGAUGUUGGCAAGAAGGCUGCUUCGGAGGAGUCUCUAUGGAAUGAGAAUGAACAUAUUUUCUUUAAGAAAAUCCAAGCCUUACAAUUGGAUGAGGAACUAAAUGUUUCUCAUUAUGAACGAGUUAUCGAUGAGAUAAAAUCAUUUGUUACAACAAGAUUGUCGGAAAUUGCUGUCAAUCAAGCUGAUUUGGUGCAACAAUUGAAAUUGAUUAAAGAUUUCUAUUUGCUUGGACGGGGUGAAUUGUUUUUGGAAUUUAUUAAGAGGACAUUUGAAUUUCAAUCUGGAUCGACUGAUGAGAAUAAAAUUCGAGAUAUUGUUAAAGCAUUUGAGACAUCGGCUCAUGGCAUUGGUAUCACAGAUGAACUCGAACAAUUCAGCAUUCAAGUUGGCAAAUUCAACGAGACAACGAAUACCUUAAGCUUAAGCGAUUUCAACUUCUGCCAGCACAUGCGUUUGCAGUAUAAAAUAAGUUGGCCACUUCACUUGCUAUUCUCGCCAAUAGUCAUUGAACGUUACAACUUACUCUUUCGAUUUCUAUUGCUAGUCAAACGAGUUCAGUAUCGAAUUCACUCGAUAUGGCAUAAUGAUCUUCAAAGUGGUCGUAUUGGUGAAUUCGUAAAUCCUCUGGGUAGAAAUCUACGAAAUCAGUUAAUGUUUUUUGUGGAUAAUUUGCAAUAUUACAUUCAAGCUGAUGUUUUAGAAAGUCAAUUUAGUAUUUUAAUGAAUACGAUUUUGAAUAAAGCUGAUUUCGAGCAGAUCCAACGUGCCCAUUCGGUAUUUCAAGCAAAUAUAUUGAGUUUAUGUUUCAUGAUAAACGAUGAAGAUUUUACAAAAAUCAGUUUCCACAGAUCGAUACGAUCAACUAAUCCAAUAUUCAUCACCCUACAAGACGUCAUUAAAUUGUGUGAAGAUUUCUACAAUACAGUCACAUCGAAGACAAUGGACAAAGUUGAAAAGGAUAAUCGUAUAAUGCUUUUGGAUUCAAGCCUCGCACUUCUUAUGGAUCAAUUGAUUAAUCUUUUGGUUGGAUUAAAAACAGCACCCAGCUCUACGCCAUUAUCUCAGUUAUUGCUGCGUUUGGACUUUAACAACUGGUUUUCUCAUCAUCGAAAGAGUGAACUUUAUCAGGAAUUAUUUGCAGGAAUUCAGUUAGAAGAAAAAAUAGAACAAAGUUCAUAAGUAAUCUUUUUAUUGAAGUGAAUUUUAAUAAAUUACUUUUUUUUGUUUUGAAAUGUAA